AUGAGGACCAGCCUAUUCCUUUUAGCAAUCUCGCCAGCGGCUGUUCUCUCAGGCGUCACACCUCCUGUUCGCCCCCUCCUACCUCCUGAUAAUGCAAACCUCACCUUCAAUAGCGCAAUCGACUGGUACCCUCUAAACUUCAACAUCUCCGACUCUCAACACAAAGGAUGGACUCAAAUCGAUGGCUCGUUCUGGAUCAACGCAUUUAUCCAUGGCUCCAAUGGCCACGAUUACUACAUCGCCUCUCACUUGAUGAGUUACGCUUCCGAUAUCGAGGGCUCUAAGCCAGUGUACCGGGCAUCAGUGCUUGAUCUGACCGAUCCCACGAUCUUCCACAAAUAUGAUCGAAUCGCUCCGGAAAACACUACUUUUUGGACUAGUGAUGGUGAUUUCCGGGCCAACUUUGAGGAUCAUGGGAUGGAAACGAUUGAUAAGAACCCGUUACAUGGUCUUCGCACUUAUAGUUCCGUGGAGAAUGUCGAGUUUGACUUUGACUUCUAUUUCACGUCUCCAAUCUUGCUCAACGCAGCUCUCGGGUCUUACCAAGUCGGAGGGGGACUUGGCUGGGAGUGGUCAGUUCCAAGAGGACGCACUGAAGGCUCGUUCAAAGUCAAUGGCAAAAAGGUUGACAUUGUCCCCGAAAAGUCCUUCGCAUGGUAUGAUAGGCAAUUCGGCUCACUUCAAGACUCCUUCGAUUGGAUUAUGUUACAUUUCGAAGAAUCAGAAUGGCUGGAUAUCUCGAUUAUGUGUGCAUGGAAGUGGGAGGACCGUGUGGACGGCCCAAAGAUGUUUGCUACGGUCAGAAGUUCGCUGAACGGUCGAGACUCUGUGGUUCCUAUAAACCUGACGGCGUCGACUACCAACGUCUGGAUAUCACCAGAUACAGGGCUGGAGUAUCCGCAGGAGUGGACCAUCCAGUGGGAGGAUAUGGAACUCCUCGUUACGAGCCCUAGGCCUGAUCAGGUUAUCGAGGCCGAUGAAGAUACCGGGUUUCCAUCGCAGUUCAGUGGUUAUGUCAACGUGUUGGCUACCAAGGCGGGAUGUACUCCAGUCAGAGGAUUUGGCGCAGUUGAUCGCAUGAAGAUCGAAUAG